AUGUACAGGUUAUGCAAUCAUUGCAAAACAAAACAGGUACAAUAUUAUGAUUUAUACGGCAAAAACAACGGGGAGGUGAAGAUUGACGGCUUGUUAGUGCACAUCCACUCAUAUAAAAGGCCCGAACCGUACACUGAUAAGCGGGUAGUGGUGAUCGGGGUCGGCACCGUGAUUGUGCGAAAGACGGAAAGUGUGGCAAAACUGCCGACAAGUAUUGCACAAAAUGGACCCCAAAUUGGUAGCGCUAUCGGCGAGAGACAGCACCGGGAGAUAGAUGGUAAAAAACAAAACAACACAUACCGGUGCCGACCCCGAUCACCACUACCCGCUUAUCAGUGUACGGUUCGGGCCUUUUAUAUGAGUGGAUGUGCACUAACUGCCCAUUACUUAUAUCAUUUCACUGAUAAUGUUGUUGUUCGCUACAAAACACAAAUGUGCUGUUGUGGCAAAAGUCGGGCGCAUAAACGGGGCGGUGGCGGACACGGCAAACAUGGAAAGGCCAAGAAAAAGCGCAAGGUGCUACACAAAUGCAAGGACUGUGGGCACCGGUACGCCACCAAAGAUAGGCUACGCAAACACAGGGAGAAAAAGCACCACGGGCACCGGCGUCGGGACAACGAUGAUGAUAAUAACGAUGAUGAAAUUGUUGACCAGCAGCCCAUAAGUAUCAUCGCUGAUGUAUUUAUGGUGGAUCCUAACCAACAGACUGGGCAGUACUCAGUGGACGGCACCGGCUCUGCGUAUGAGAUGACUGUGGGAACCACUGGCGACAUAUUUACUAGUAAUAUAGGCGGACAACCUAUGGCUCAGUUGGGCCUGAAUAGCACCCCACAGGACGGCACCGAUGAGGGCUGCAAUUGUUGCGGCGGCGGCUGUGAUGGCGACGAGUCCUGUUGUGAGACACUAUGCGGGGGCUGUUGUGACAGCGGUUGCGACUGUAACUGCAGUGGCGGUGGCAGUGGUUGUGACUGCGAAUGCAGCGACUGA